CAGCACGGUCGAUUCAGCAGGCGCUGAACCGCUCAAACCUCCCAAACCUCCUGUCAUGCUUUAAGGAGCGACACACACGCUAGCCGGACUGAACUGAGCCCAGCCCCACCUCAGGAGGAGGCUGUGCUCUCUCUAGGUGUCUGGACAGAAAGCAGAUCGUAUUCGGUCCAUCUGAUCAUCACCAGGACGCCUAAAACUCCGUCUCAGCGUUAUACAGCUACACGAGUCAUGGAGACCAGACUGUCCUCCAGCUAGCUAACCGCUAUCCCACCGGAUCCAGAAAACAUGCGCUAGACAGGAGUUGUGUAAAAAAAUACUGUUUCCUGUUUUCGCUGGAGUGACAGUGCUGUCACAUCUGGCCAUCAGCAGCUGAAGAUGCAGACCUUCCUGAGAGGCAGAAGAGUGGGCUACUGGCUCAGCGAGAAAAAGAUGAAGAAACUCAAUUUCUUGGCCUUCGCUGAGAUGUGCAGGAAAAGAGGGAUUGAAGUUGUUCAGCUUGACCUGAGUCAGCCGUUGGAGGAGCAAGGUCCUCUGGACGUCAUCAUUCACAAGCUCACAGAUCUGAUCUUGGAAGCAGACCAGAAUGACACCCAGUCCCAGCUGCUGGUGCAGAGUGUGCAGGAUUAUAUUGACGCACACCCAGAGACCAUCAUUCUGGACCCACUUCCAGCCAUCAGAACUCUGCUAGACCGCUGCAAGUCUUACCAGCUGGUCCAUCAUAUUGAGGACUGCAUGAGAGAUGAGAGGAUCUGUUCUCCUCCGUUUAUGGUGCUGAACAGUGAGUGUGGUCCAGACACAGUGCAGCAGAUCCAGCAACACGGUCUUACAUUCCCUUUCAUUUGCAAAACACGGGUUGCUCAUGGAACUAACUCACAUGAGAUGGCUAUAAUCUUCAGUGCCGAGGACCUAAAGGACGUGAAGCCUCCAUGUGUUAUUCAGAGUUUUAUAAACCACAAUGCCGUGCUGUAUAAAGUGUUUGUGGUGGGGGAGUCACACACUGUGGUGGAGAGACCAUCUCUUAAGAACUUCCCUUGUGGACCGUCCGACAGAAAAGCAAUUUUCUUCAACAGCCACAAUGUGUCCAAGCCAGAGUCAUCGUCUGACCUCACAUCUAGAGAUAAUGUAGAAGGUGUCUCCCAGCCACCCAAUGACGAUGUCAUCAAGGAGCUUUGUAAAUCCCUGCGGGAAUCUCUCGGGGUUUCGCUCUUUGGCAUCGACGUCAUCAUUAACAACCAGACGGGACAACAUGCAGUCAUUGACAUCAAUGCAUUCCCUGGAUAUGAGGGUGUUCCUGAGUUCUUUAAUGACCUCCUCAACCACAUCAUCUGCAUCCUCCAAGACCACUCCUCCAAUGACUCCACGGCUCCGACCCCCUCCUGCCAGCUUACAGCUUUAGGUACAGGAGAGUGUAGCUGCGCCCCCUCCCAGGAGUGCUGUAGCAUGCUGGGCAAGGAGCCGGACAGCAGCCCCUGGAUCGUGGAGGGGGAUGGUGGUCUGAAGGGGCCACGUCAGAGACUGGGUUGCAACACGGCCAUGUCCCCCAACUUCCAACAGCACUGCGUGUCCACGAUAGCCACUAAGGCCUCGUCACAAUGACUGCGCCUCCCCUGAACAAAUUGUGAAAAGUGAAUAAUAUACAAUAACAAUAAUAACUAUUAUACUGAUAAUAUAUCUGUAAUCAAAAAUAAACUAUAGUGGGAAUAAUCAUAAUGAUGUUGAUAAUGGGCAUUGGAUUAUUUCUCCUAUGCCUUUUGUAUACUUAUUUUGUUCUUUUCAGUCUAAUAACUCACAGUACUGUAAUGUGAACUUUUGGGAACUCAAUAUUAAUUAGCACAUUUUUUUAAAUCUGUUUUAUUUUUAAUCACAGUCCAACACUUUUGGAUGCUGGUUAGUGAACACACUAGACAGCUCGAAGAAGGUUCUCUUGUGAAGUACUCUUAUGUUGUGAUGGAAAAGGCUAACUUAAAGGAAUAGUUCACCCAAAAAUGAAAAUCCUCUCAUUUACUCACCCUCAUGCCAUCCCAGAUGUAUAUGUCUUUCUUCUGCAGUACACAAAUGAAGAUUUUUUUUGAAGAAUAUCUCGGCUCUGUAGGUCCAUACAAUGCAAGUGAAUGGUAACCAACAUUUUGAAGCUCCAGAAGCAAAAAAAAAACAAAAGGUCUCCAGUGGUUAAAACCAUGUCUUUAGAAGUGAUAUGAUAGGUAUGGGUGAGAAACAGAUCAAUAUUUAAGUACUUUUUUCCUAUAAAUUUCCACUUUAACUUUGAAAUCAUUCUUUGUUUUUGGUGAUUCGCAUUCUUCGUGCAUAUCACCUCCUACUAGGCAGGGAGGAGAAUUUAUAGGGGAAAAAAGGGUAUACAUUUUUAUAUGUUUCUCACCCACACCUACCGUAUCACUUCUGAAGACAUGGAUUAAACCACGGAAGUCGUACGGAUUACUUUUAUGCUGCCUUGAUGUGCUUUUUGGAGCUUCAAAGUUCUGGUCACAAUUCACUUGCAUUGUAAGGACCUACAGAGCUGAAAUAUUCUUCAAAACAUCUUUGUGUUUAGCAGAACAAAGAAAGUCAUACACAUCUGGGGUGGCAUGAAGGUGAGUAAAUGAUGAGAGAAUUUGUAUUUUUGGGUGAACUAUCUCUUUAAUGGAAUAGCUGACCCAACAAUGAAAAUUCUGUCAUCAUUUACUCACACUUAUGGUGUUCCAAGUCUGUAUGACUUUCUUUCUUCAUCAAAAGAAGAAAGUUUUAAUAAUGUACUGAUCGACCGUUUACAUUGUUACAAUAAAUGGGAACUGAAAUGUUCAAGCUUCAAAAAGGAUUCAAAAGCACCAUGAAAGUAUUAUAAAAGUAGUCCAUAUCAUUCGAUGUGUUAUAUUUCAAGUCUUCUGAAUCCAUACAAAACUUUUGUGUACGGAUCAAGCUGAAAUUAAAAUCAGUAUUCUUAAUCUUUCCCCACCAUCGAGCUGUUAACUGAUGUGACCUGAUCUGUCCGAUUCUUUAAUUAAUCUUUCAGACCAGUAUUGUGAUCCAGACCAACCAGUUCAUUGGAAAAAUCCAACUCAGAAAAAUGAUUAGUUCACAAAUUGGACAAUGCAACUUCUUUUAUGAACAUGCCAAAGGAGAGCUAUAGGGUGGAUAUCAAGAUUAUCGGUGAAUAAUUACUUACAUUUUGGUCUGUUCGGCACAUAAAGCUAUCAUAUGGCUUUAGGAGACUUUAAAUUUAGUGCACAAGUCUUUUGGACUACUUCUAUGGUGACUUUGCAUCCUUUUUAAGCUUCAAGUUCCCAUUCAUUGUAAUAGCAGGAAAACGAAUGAUCAGUAUGUACAACAUAAGGGUGAGUAAAUGAUGCCAGAAUUUUUAUUUUUGGCUGAACUAAUUCUUAAAAUCUGUCUUUUAUUGACGUUGAACACACAACACACCCAAUAAUUCCACCACCAGGACACCUACAAUGUGCUCUGUAUUUAGUGGCUAUCCUAUAUUGAGAAGAUCUACGGUGUACUGUAUAUCUUUGUGCAGCGUCUACAAAUCUGCUCUUAACCGAAAGUCAAAUGAAUGGCACAGCUUGCAGUUCUCAUAGACUGAGUGCCACUGCGUUUGAUUUUGUGACACUCCAUAAUCUAUUCAUAAUGCUCCAGAAGACUUCCAUCAUUCUGCCAUAAAUGUGACACCUGACAUUUUUCAUGUGCUUGCUUAGCGCAUCAUAUCAUGAAAUGUGGAUAGAACUGUUUAGUCAGUCAAUUCGUAACCCAAGCCGGAAGUUUAUUAUGGGUUUCCUCUGGAAUUUCCAGUGUUUUUUUGUUUGUUUUUUGUUUUCUUCGAAAAGUGGUUUUCGAUUUAUGCAUAAAAUUUGAUCGGGGGGUUAAAUUGUUUGAAGAGACCUUUGUUUUGCUCAACAAUGUAUAUUACACACAGUCGUACCUCAAAAUGUGAAUUUUUAAAUGCUUUAUAAACUUCAUCUACAUGAAAACUAUGACAGUUGUCCGGCAUAUAUCAACCACGUUAACCAGUUAGGAACCAGCUUGUGUUCAUAAUUCAUUUUUGAGGUAUGAAUGGGUCUAAUUUUUGUUAUAGCACAAAAUAGCCAAGUCUCUUCAAGUGACCUUUUCUUAUAAAUUGAAAACCACUAGUCUAAAAACCCAUUAGAAAUUCUUGAGGAAAUCCAUGGCUCUAAAAAUCCAGUCAAGGAUCAUUUAUGCUUUGAUAGUAUUAUGAAAGUUGACUUACCAACAGAGGCUAAUACUCUGUUAUUCGUCAGUGUCAAGUUUUGUUGGACCAUUGCAAGAGGAUAUUAUAACAUUCCCUGUGUGUACAGACUGUAUGUGUGUGUGAUGCUUUUUUAGCAGACAGUACUUUAAAAGUUCAAAUGUUUUGUGUAUGAUUCAGCAAGUGAUAUUUGGGACUACGCAGUAUGCUUCAGAUUAGUACACACCCUUGAACUAUAUGAACAAACUGUAUAAGAUGGAUCUUAAUGUCUGUGUUGAGAGUAUUGCUUUGUUUCUAAUUGCACAGAAGGAAACAUCCAAGGGGUUAAAUGCUUUGCUAGGUUACCAUUUCUGAAUUAGAAAGAAAAUUAACAUAGAUUUUUUACUAUUUUGUUUAUAAUUGCUAACCUGUUGAGAAAUGACUAAUGAAUGCAAAGGAUUUAAGUUUUAUGCAGACAAGCUGUUAGCUAGCCAUGAAAUGAUUGUGUUAGGUUGCAAACAUCUAAAGAGUGACACAGUUAGCAGUAAUUAAAACCAUGCAGUGAAACAAUUAGCUGCAAUUUGUACAAAUUAAUUAAAUUAAUUACACGGUUACGUGAUUUAGGAUUGUUGAAUGCUGCAGCUUUUUGAGUCCUUUUCUGGAAGCAUGCAUAUAUUGUGUUUGAAAUUUACAAAAAAAAAACAAAAUGUAUAACCCCAGUUUAAAAGGGCAUUUAUUUUCAAAAGCCUUAGACUUUCCACAGCUGUUCAGUUUUGUGUAAUUACUGUAUGAAGGGUUAGCUAUUUAGAUUUCGCCCACUUUGAUUACUCCUACACAUGGAGAUAGAUGUAUUUGAUGACCAACAGCAAACAGCUUGAUUUUGUUCACUGUGAGAGGAAUGAAUGUCUGGAUGUGGUAAACUGGAGCAGUGUCAAUGGAGUGCUGCCGUAAUCUGCUCUCAUUCUAUUCAGUUUUAUAUGAAGUGAAUGCAUUUAGUGCCGCUCCCUCAGCCUAGAGCACCUUACAUUGAUUGUUGUUUUUCUUGUCCUGAAGGGGUCCAUUUUUUUAUGUAACAUAUUUAAAAUAUUAAUAUUUUCAUAGGUAUAUCAAACUGUUUAAAAAAACAUUUCUAUCUCCCUCCACUGCUAUAAAAUACAAAUUAAAUGGUCA